AUGCAGUUAGGGAUAUACCUUCUAGUAGCAGCCACUGCUUUAGAUCUUUCCGUCCUUGCUUAUCCAUCGCCAGAGAAUCCGUGGACGAGGCCAGAACGGUUAGCGGCUAGAAACGUACCUGAACGCAGGAGUGGUAGUGGACUAUCUAAUUGUCAUUGGGACAAUGUCAUUGCCCUUGUCGAGCUACUACAGCCGAACAAGUCGGCCGCACUGCCUUACUUAAACGGCAAUGGUAAUGCUCCUGAUCGUUAUGCUAGGGCAGCCAUACAAUUUCAAGCGACCGACGAGCCUUAUAUUCAAGAUUAUAUGGUUGGACCCCUGCCUAUAUCAAGUCGAACAACGCUGCAGCCGUUGAACUACUAUUAUAAUAAAGGGGUUGGAAAACAGCGAGUUUAUCACACGGAUUUACAAGCCGAAAUCAAAUUUUACGCGCAGAUUGGUGCCAGUGUGGCAGAUAUAACGCUCGAUCUCUGGAAUGGCACAUUCAUGGGGCUAGCAAACGACUCGAUAUACCUUAAAGGUUUCGAGCCGCUCCGAAUUAGCCACCGCUCUGCUGUUACUUGGGGCCAGUUUUGGGGCUUUCCAAUCGGGAAUCCUGACGACCGUGCAGCUGUCCUUCCGCUGGGGCUAUAUGUAAAAGUGGACAUAUACGGAAGAGAUCCGUCAAAAUGGUCUGUCCAUGGGUGGUUCUACAACGGCAUUUUCUAUAGAAACACCAGGGCAUUUCGCAAAGCUUAUUUCUCCCCAGGAUUUAAGAAGCUAGGCGCCAACGUCGAUGGUCCUUGGGCUCAGUUGAAUAGAGAGGGAGAUCCGUUACCUAUGGAUACAGUUGCUGCUCCUCUGCAAGUUCAGCCUGAGGGACCACGAUUUGGUGUUGACGUGAAGGAGAAGUACGUAGAGUGGAUGGAUUUCUCAUUUUAUAUCUCAUUUAAUAGAGAUACCGGGAUGAGGCUUUUUGACAUUAAAUUCAGAGGGGAACGGAUUAUAUACGAACUUGGGCUCGAAGAAGCCCUCUCCCAUUAUGCGUCAAAUGACCCAAUGCAGUCUGGCGUCGCCUUCCUCGACACUUUAGAAGGUUUCGGCCGCGUUGCGUUUGAACUCGUCCAAGGCUAUGAUUGUCCGUCCCAUGCGACAUUUCUGAACACCUCCUUCUUCACCAACGAAGAGACUCGCACCCAUUUGAAUAGCAUCUGUCUCUUUGAGAUGGACACUGGUCAUCCUCUUCAACGUUAUGCAUCUUCAAAUGCUGUCAGCGUCACGAAAAGCAUGGUUUUCACUGUUCGAAGUGUCAGCGCCGUGGGCAACUAUGACUUUAUAUUUGAUUAUGAAUUUUAUCUCGACGGUUCGAUCCACGUCACUGUUCGUCUCUCGGGCUAUAUCCAGGCUGCCUACUGGGCUCAUAAUAGCGACUACGGUUUUAAAAUCCAUGAUAACCUUUCUGGCUCGAUGCACGAUCACGUUAUCAAUUACAAACUAGACAUGGACGUCAAUGGCACAGCUAACAGUUUGAUGAAGACCACCGUCGUUCCCACAAAGGAAAGGUAUCCAUGGUCUAAUGGCGACUGGGUAAAUACGAUGAAACUACGAAAGUCCUUUGUCAACAAUGAACGGCACUCGAAAAUCAACUGGUCGCCAAAUUCAGCAACAACGUAUACUGUUGUCAAUAAGGAUGCGCUCAACAAAUAUGGCGAAUAUCGCGGCUAUCGAAUCUCCCCUGUGACAAGUAGCACAACUUUUUUGACAGUGCAGGACUCGGCCAGCCUGAAAAAGAGUGGCGGCUGGGCGACUCACAAUCUUUAUGCGUUGAAACAGAAGGAUACCGAGCUUCAUAGCGCAUCUCCUUAUAACAAUCUCGAUACAGGAAACCCAGUUGUUAAUUUUGACAAAUAUUUUGACGGAGAGUCAUUGGAUCAGGAAGACCUGGUUUUGUACGACCGCCCCCCCCAGAUGAUUAAUGCCCGCUCUUCUAUGGCCAUUGUCCCCCAAAAUUUCCAUCUAGACAACCCAUCCCGCGCCACCCGUCAACAGGUUCGUGUGACAUUCGGAGGAGGCAAACUAGCGCAAGCCGAGAAAUUCGGAAGCCGACACGCCACCUGCAAUUUCGAUAUGAAUAACGCGGCUCCCAAUCUGGAAGCAUACAAGGGCGACCUUGUGGUUCCCAAAUAUCCAUUUUUGCCGAAUAACGCAACUUUCGUGCCUGUAUUGCCUGGCUCGUAG